CCAGCGGGGCUGUGCCUGCGGGGCGGGCAGGGAGAGGGAUCAGUUUUCCUUGGCAGGAGCUCGGAGGCUGCUUUUGAGCUGCGAAUUUUGAGAGUGGUGACAGUGGCAGCGCUGGGAGGUGGCGCUGGAGCCUCAGCUCAGAUAAGAUCAUUUUUCCACGGCCCUUCAGGACCCUGGAGGGGCUUGCAGCGCCCUGGGGACACCGGUGCCCAUCUCUGCCAGCGCUGUGAAUCUCGUGCCCAUCUCCAGGGCUCAUCCUGCCGGGUCACGCCCGGUGGAGCCCCGGGGCAGCUCGGCGGGUCCGGCCCGGGGACAGCAGCGCCGGCACCGGGCUCGCAGAGCUGCUGCCCUCGCCCCGGCCGUGCCGGGGGGAAGAUUUACAGGCUGUCAGAGCCGGGGCCAGAGGACUGCCACCAGCCCCGUCCCCUCCACCAGCCCCGUCCCGGACUGGGAAUUCUGCGGCUGCCAGAGCCUGGCCAGGGAUGGCAGCGGGGAUCCCACAGGAAGCAGCGGCCAGGCCCUGCCCUGGGCUCUGGGGAUCGGCUGAGCGUCCUCCCGGCCCGGCUUGUGCCCGCUGAGAGCGGGGUGAAGCUGGCCGAGGAGGAGGAGGGAGGAGGCGGUAACAGCCACAACUCGGAAUUUGCAAGCGAGUGUCGGGAUGGGGUCUGUUUCCAACCAGCAGUUUGCAGGUGCGAAGCCGGGCGAGGAGCCGGCCGGAGACUCGCCCAAGGCCGAGAACGAGUCGCAGCCCCUGCACGGCUCCGGCAUCUGUAAGUGGUUCAACGUCCGCAUGGGCUUCGGCUUCCUCUCCAUGACCGCCAAGGGCGGCGCCACGCUGGACGCCCCCGUCGAUGUCUUCGUGCACCAGAGCAAGCUCCACAUGGAGGGUUUCCGCAGCCUGAAGGAGGGCGAAGCCGUCGAGUUCACCUUCAAGAAAUCAUCCAAAGGCUUGGAGUCCAUCCGGGUGACCGGCCCCGGGGGCGUCUUCUGCAUCGGCAGCGACAGGAGGCCCAAAGGGAAGAGCCUCCAGAAGCGCAGGUCCAAAGGAGACCGGUGCUACAACUGCGGCGGGCUGGACCACCACGCCAAGGAGUGCAAGCUGCCACCGCAGCCCAAGAAGUGCCACUUCUGCCAGAGCAUCAGCCACAUGGUCGCCAACUGCCCCGCCAAAGCACAGCAGUCGCCCAGCUCGCAGGGAAAGCCCGCCUACUUCCGAGAGGAGGAGGACAUGCACAGCCCGGCCCUCCUCCCCGAGAGCCGGGAAUGAUGCUGGGUGGCGGGGAGAGGCGGCUUCCACCGGGGUGAGAAGGCUUUGGCAAGGCAAGGGGCAGGGCAGGGGCUGGGGAGGGCAG